CUUAAGUAAAGUUCCCUUCCCCUUUCUCUUUCGGCGAGCAGUGAGUUCGGAACGAGCGAUCGCCGAUGGCCCUCUCGGUGACGCGGCAACGGCGGGCGCACCUGGCGGAUCAAGGCGCCUCGUCAUCUUCUUCGCCGUCGGAUCGGUACUCGAAGGAGGAUAAGGGUGAGAAGAAGGAGAAAGGGGCGGGCGUUGGGUGGCUCCUGCCGGCGCUUGUCCUUGGCGUGUUCCGUUACGGGAGUGCAUCCUCCAACAUCAUCCAUGACUGCGACGAGGUCUUCAACUACUGGGAACCCCUCCAUUACCUCCUUUACAAAUCUGGAUUUCAGACAUGGGAGUACAGUUCUGAGUUUGCAUUGCGGUCAUAUCUAUACAUCUUUUUUCAUGCAUUGAUGGCUGGGCCUGCUUCGUUACUGUACAUUGACGAGAAGGUUAAAGUCUUUUACUCAGUAAGACUCUUUCUUGGUCUUAUCUCAACUAUCACCGAUACAUUUCUUGUGGUUGCUCUUUCGAGAAAAUAUGGAAAGAGGCUUGCAUGGUAUACACUUGCUAUGCUAUGCCUAACCAGUGGUUGUUUCUUUGCCAGUACAAGUUUUCUUCCAAGUAGCUUCUCCAUGUAUGCAGUUACUCUUUCAUCAGCACUUUUCGUUCUUCAGAAGCAUGCUGCAGCUGUUUCUAUUGCUGCUGCUGGAGUGAUCAUGGGCUGGCCAUUCUCCAUUAUAGUUUUUCUUCCAAUUACAUUAUUUUCUUUGACAAAAGGAAGAUUUAAAAGAGUAUUUUUAUCAGGGCUAUUAACCUCUGUGUUUGUUCUUGCUAUUUCAUUGUUUGUCGACUAUUACUGCUAUGGGAAAUGGACGUCCUCAGUAUUCAAUCUGCUGAAAUAUAAUGCUUUCGGAGGUGGUCAGAGUCACUUAUAUGGAACUGAAGGACUCUCGUUUUAUUUCAGGAAUGGAUUUAAUAACUUUAAUUUCUGUUUCAUCCUUGCAUUACUUUUUGUGGCAUUUGUCCCGAUUGCGAGGAAGAAAUAUGGCCUAGAACUGUUGGUUGUGGUCUCUCCAAUAUAUAUUUGGCUGGCUUUUAUGUCAUUGCAGGCUCACAAAGAAGAAAGAUUUCUCUAUCCGAUAUAUCCACUUAUCUGCAUUGCAGCAACAGCUGUAAUUGAUAGUUUCCCUGAUCUUUUCCGUGACAAGUAUGCAGUGGAAGAUUCAACUCUUGUUAUGAUUGCUAAGGGAGUAAGGCCAGUUUUUCUCGGCCUUAUAUUGUGUGCAUCCCAUAGCAGGACGUUCUCUAUACUUAACGGAUAUUCUGCGCCUUUGGAAAUAUAUAAACACUUGGACCAUCAUGAUGUCGUUGGAAAUGAGACAGUGCUUUGCGUCGGAAGCGAAUGGCAUCGUUAUCCUUCUUCAUUUUUCGUGCCUUCAUACAUUAAGGAAGUUCGAUGGAUAGACGAAGGAUUUAGGGGUCUUCUCCCAUUUCCUUUUAAUUCAAGUUUGGGAGGCAUGGCAGCUGCCCCUCCUUAUUUCAACGACAAGAACAAGGCUUCCAGCGACCAAUAUCUUAAAGACAUCGAACUCUGCACCUUCUUUGUGGAGCUAAGUUUGCAACGGCCAUAUCCCGCUCGAGGAAGUGACUUAUCGACAUGGGAGACGCUUGCAGCCAUACCUUACCUGGAUAGAGAGUUGUCGCCCGCUAUGUUUCGGUCAUUCUUCAUCCCCUACAAAUGGACACACGAGAACACUUUCGGACUGUACAAGUUGCUAAAGAAAAUACCCAAGAGCACCGGAGGGCAUACUUAGGUAGACAGGUAUCGUAUGUUUUGUAUCAUCGCGAACACACUGCAUUGUUUUUCUUCGUGAUCGGACAGCGAAAGCAUUCUCGCCCUCGAGUUCUUACGGACUGCUGCUCCAUCAUUCUACAUUUAGGCAAAAGCAAAUUUUGUAGUUAAAACUUGUUUGGUCCUAAUAUCAGUUUGGAUGCUUUGAUGGUUUAUGCAAGCCAACUUUCGAAUCCCUAA